AUGUCUUCUUCUCGUAGCGUGCGCUUCCGUUGGCCUCCAGUGCCAUGCGUCGAGGAGGAGCCCGCCUCGCUUGCUCGAGAGUUGCACGGCCUUUCCAAGCUCAGUGAAAAACCCGGAGUCGAGGGUACCUGCAGAAGGGGAACUGUUGAUCAAUACCCGGUCAUCCUCGCUCCAGAGUCUCCGCUUCCAACAUCGACCACUCCACCCAGCGUCUUGACCCCUCCAGGAUUAGGAAACGUCUCUUCUGAUGACAACAGUUCUGGUCCUCGUACCCCUUCUCCCCAGGCCCCAGAACCCGUCAUUCGCAGUAGGGCUCAAUCAAAUGAUCCUCUCAAAUUCCCUCCAUCGUCAGUCUCUAGCAGGUCUCGAAGCCGCGUGCCACAGGCCCCGAAGCAGCUUCCUGCUUCGGCCCAACAGCUUCCUGCUUCAGUCCAACAGCCUCCCCGUCAGCGCCGUCCACAGUCUCCGUCUCGGGACCGUGAAUUCGGCAGAGGGGAAGUUGGUUAUUUCCCUCCGGAUGGUACCCGUAAAAUGCCUAUUCAGCAAGGUCCCCAGGAUCGUGGUUUUGAUCGAGCCAAUCUACCUGUGUCCCAAGCACCGCCACCUACGCCGGCAUCGCUGGGACGGCCAAACAGCGUGCGGACUGGAAACCAAACAGCUCCAACGGCUUCAACCCGUCAACGCUCGGAGCCACAAUCUGGGUAUCAAUCAGACUCGAGCACUACUCGCGGGAGGCUAUCUUCUCAUGUCACUUCACCGCCAGUCCCUACGUCGUCGUCACAACUGCAAGCCAGACGAUCUCCUGACGCCCUCUCACUUUCAGAGAGAAUUGAGGAGAAACUACGAUUGAGACAUGAACUUCGCGAACUAGGAUCCGAUUCAGACUCAGAGACUCCCAGGCGACCUAGGGCCAAAUCCAUCAGCCCAAAGAUUCUUCCUGUGGCCCCCGCCCCAAAAGUACACCCACCGCCUCGCGAGAUUUCUCGUGCCCCAGGCCAGCAUACUGUGCCACCUACCAAGGACCCAAUCAAGGUACUAGUUACUCCUCAAGAGUUCAAGCAGCCUCAGCCAACAACACGGGGAAGAGCGACUUCGUUGGUCACGCCUGCGCCGCCAGCAUUGCGGUCUUCAUCAAGGGCCCCCUCGGCUAUGGUUUCUAGAUCCAUGUCAUCGGAUGAGGCCCAAGCCAGUUCUAGCAGACCUCACCGGGCCAACUCGGUCAAAUUUCAGGAACAACUGCCUCGGCACAGCGCACCUCCAACAGCCCCAACCCAGAAAGCGAGCUCCCCACAGCGGUCAACCGGACUAUGUGUGACCCCAUGCCCUCGUUCACUCCCGGUAGCAGGUCACAAUGACUGGUACACCCUGAAAGGCCUCACACACUUGGACAUUUGUCCCUCAUGUAUGAGCCAAAUCGCUCAUUCCCGCUUCCAUGAAUUUUUCAUCCCAAGCCUACCAAAGCCAGCAACGCAGAAGAUCCGCUGCGCCUUCGCCAACGCCUGGACCCGACUAGCUUGGACACAGAUGAUCAAAAAGCAACACGAUAGCCUGGAGAUGCUCUACCAGAUGACCCGCCCACCACCAGGAUGCAAGCCCUGCCCCGGCCGCGUUGUAGCCGACCAGACCUGGUACCGUGUCGUCGACCCAGAAACGAACAAGUUUCUUCCCCGUUUCCACGUCUGCGGCAGCUGUGCGCGGAACAUUCGCAUCCUCAUGCCCUCCCAACGAGACACCUUCCAACACUGCCCAGAUGUCCAAGAGCGAAUGUGCGACUUCGUUACCACCAGUCCACGUUUCGUUCAGUAUGUCGAUCUCCUGGACAUAGCCGCCGUCCGCACCGAGCCCUCCCGCCAACCAGACUCGCGGGAAUUCAUAUCCUACGCUCGUCGCAAGGUCGUUCUCCGCGACUGUCGUCGUGACAGACCAACCAAGGGCACAUGGCACUACAUCCCCUCACUCCCAGAGUUCUGCGUUUGCGAAGACUGCUACGACGAAGUCGUCUGGCCACUCGCUAAAACGCACAACCCCAUCGCGAAAAGUUUCUCGACGAGUAUGCACUUCUUACCCGGGGAUACGCCGAACCGGUGCCGCGAAGCGAGUUGCCAGCUUUAUUCGCCGCGGAUGAGGACAAAGUUCAGGGAGGCUGUUGCGAAGAACGAGUUUUCGGGAUUGAAGGCCGUUGCUUUGAGGCGAUUUGAAGCUGAGAGGCGGUUCAGGGAUCGCCGGGAGGAAUUGUUGGAUGCUGAGAAUAGGGGGUAUGAUUGUGAGGUGGAGCUUAGGAAGGCUAUUGACGAGUGGAGGAGGUGGGAAUGA